UCUGCCUUUGUAUGUAUUCGUUUUCAAUUCUAUAUAAAACAGGUAUUUUUUUGCAAAUGCCUUAGUUGUCAAAGCGUUAACUUUAAAAAAAAAACAGGCAGUCAGAGACGUAAAAAUUUCUUAAAAGCUUAAUUUCAGAAAAAUACAAUGUUUUUAAAGUUCUCUAUAUUGUUGCUUUUUACUAUCGUAGCUGCUAAGUGUAAUGAAAUGCAUCAAUCUGAAGCUGCAGAUUUAGCUGAACCUACACACAUAACAGCUGAAACUGAGCCCAAAAUAUUCGGGCAGGACCAACCUGAGAAAACUGGUGCUGAACUGGAACACGAAAAAAAGAUUAUAGAAGAUUCGUACAACGAUUGUUUAAAUUGGGCGAGCCAGAGUCUAAAAGAAAUUAAUGGCUAUAUUACUUUGAAAAUAUUAUUCCUGUAUAUGGGUGGUCUAGUAGAAGAUCUUGUGGACAUCGAUGUACAUUUCGAGAGUUAUGCAAAAGCAGCGGAAAUGAAAGACGAAAUACGUUUGGAACAAUACGGUGUAUUUUUAAAAUACUAUUGCAAAAAAGAAUACUCAAUCAUGACAUUACAAGAAUGUGCUGAAGUGAAGAAAGAAGAAGCGGCAAAAAAGCCAUUUAAAAAAAUGACAACUUGACUUUUUAAAAAUUUUUUAUAUUUUAAAAUUAUUGAAAUAGUUAAAACUUUUAUUAAAAAUGUUUAAAUUAAAAAAAUGUUAUAAGUCAAUCGUAUGAGAACAUAAU